ACAAUGAAAUUUCAAACUUCGAAAGGUUGCAGUGAGGCCAUGGAUUAUGUCAGUGAUGAUCUCACGAACACCGCCAUUGGAAGCAACCAUCUUCCCUUUCGUUGUUCUCCGUCGUUAUAUAACCCGCCAUUGCCCUCUUACUCACCACCCAAAUCCGCCCCCAAAUCCUUGAUUUCACAAUGGCCUCUGGGGAUGAGAAGUAUCGCUCGCUUUUGCGUGGAGAUGAAGAGAAGAACACCAAAUGGAGAUUUGGGGUUCCUCCUAACUACGAUGUUGUCAACAAGCUCUUCGAAGAAGAGCGGACUAAUGUAUGGCCUGUUGGAUCACUUGAAGAGAGAGUGCAAAGCCUGGUGAAGAAUUUUGAGAUGGAAAUGUUCCAUAAGAUAUCAACCACUGAUUUCAGAACAAUAGAUUUAAACAAGUUUACUUUCUGUCUCAAUGGAAGAAAGCCUUUAAGUAUUGAAGAAACUAGUAAACUGGGAGGUUACAAUCCCUUCCUUCAGACCUCCAUCCCUGAGGAGUAUAGGUACUAUAAUGCUGCAAAGGAGACUGCUGCAUCUUCUCACCAAGCUUUCACUGCCACGUUCCCUCGAGGUUUUGCUCUCGAGAUUAUCCAAGUUUAUUCAGGGCCUCCUGAUAUUGUGUUCAAGUUUAGGCAUUGGGGAUACAUGGAGGGAGCUUUUAAAAGCCAUGCCCCCACUGGGGAGAGAAUUGAAUUCUUUGGAGUUGCCAUUUUUAAGGUGAAUGAGAAUGAUAUAAUUUUGGGGGUGGAGUUCUUUUUUGACCCAGGGGAAUUGCUUGGGAAACUCAUGAAAGGUCCUUGCUUGGAUGGCUCGGUUGAAAAGGCGGUUUCGAGCUGCCCUAUCUUGAGAAACACAGGGUGAAUGAAUGAAGCUACCUUGUCAGCCACAGAAACGCUCUGCUACAGCUGUUCUCAAGACAAGCAGAAAUUGAGAGGUACCAAGAAAUUGAAGGAUCAAAUUGCAAACAGAGAGGAAGGGCUUGGUGGGUAUGUCAGAAGCGGCAUGAUCAACAGGUUUGAACUG